CACAGUAGUGGGGCUAAAUGGAAAGCGUGGUGGACAGUGAGUCGCAGUGUUACGGCAAAACCGAGUGUUUCCUGACGUUCGUCCGCGCCCGAAAGAUCAAUUUCCCGGUGAAAACCUCUGUAUUCCGAUAAAAUCGCGUCGCAAUCCCGUGUGUUCCCCAAAAACCUGACAAUCGUGCGCCUAAAAUCCCCUAGAAUGGAAUCGCCGGUCGUUACUCCCCCCUCCCCCUGCCAAUUACCAAUAAAUAAUCAAGAGUGAGUGAGUGAUAGCCGAUGAGUGCUGUAGUCACGCCUAAAACCGCGAAGUCCCCGAUCAGGAUGGCUAAAAAACUGAAAACAAAAUAGAGGAUUUACCGGCCGAGUAACAAAGAGCAAAAGCGAAAUGAUCGAAGGAAACAUGGCCACCGGUGCGAGUGUAACAGACCCCGCGAUUCCCCAGUGGAAACGCGACCUGAUCCGCCGCAGGCAGCAGAGCCGAGGCCUUUCCCCAGGUGGAGGGCCCCCGGGAGUGACGGGUGUCCCCGACCCCGUCAUCCCCGAGGGGCCGGACUCCAGCGGGGAAAACGCCAGCUCGGAUGCCCCUAAUUCAUCCGAAUCAUCAAGCGCUCAGGUUACUCCGGCAUUAGUCCAAAAUCCGACAGCCAGUGGCGCUGCGAGCCGCGAGUUGAACGACUGUUCCCCGGCUGGCAACGUAAAGUCAGUCGCGUGCAGCAUGCACCUCGAGUCGAACGGAUCCCUCUGCCGGGAGGAGCCCCCGACCCUGAAAACUCACCCGUCGAAUUUCGAUAAUUGCGAACUAACCCGGUACAAAAAAUACGGCAGCACUGAUGAUUCCCGGGAAUCCCCGAAAAAUAAAAAGAACCUUCACAACGAAUUCGGCAAUCGCGAGCGCAUCGUAAUAAUGGACGACUGCGAGAGUGACAGUUCCGAGGAGCUGCAGUACGGUCCGGGUAUCGUGAACAAGCUGAAGAGCAAGUACCUGAACCUGACCCUGAGGGAGACGAACAAGACCCGGGGGUCGGUCCAGAGGUUCCGAAGGGCGGCGAGCCUGGAGGACCUCCUGGACUGCGACCACGAGACGGAAAAGACUCGAAAGUUCACGAAGAAAGCCCAAGGAGUCUCCGCGAAGCCGGAGAGGUACCGCAACUCCUCUCGCGGCAACGACUCGAUGAAGCGAGCCAGAAGCGUCGAGACCCUGAUGAGGUACCAGUCCGAGGAGGACAAGACCCCCCCGGGAAAACUAAAUUUCCAGAAGGAGCCGGUGAACGAUCACAUUGUCUUGAUCGACAGAACGACUGUCAACAUCGAGAACAGACUGAUGAAGGAUCGUCCCAAGGCGAUGAACAAACCUAAGAGAGUCAGGCCACUUCUGGCUGACACCGAGCGCCCGCCGCCAGAUCUAGUCAAAACGACACUGCGAAUCUUCGAGGGUUCCGUGAAAAAGCUCAAGCCCAAGGGCGAAGUCGCCGUCAAGGUCGCGACCUUCAAGACGAUAAACGACACUCUCAAGGCGCAGACGAUCAAGAAGAUCGUGCCGAAGCCACCGCUGCAGCCCAAGCCCUUCGUCAACGGAGGCUUGAAGGGCUCGAGCUUCCCGAAGAAGACCCCCGACCUGGAGACACCCGAGGUGCCCAGGAACGGAGUGGCGAGCGACCCGAUCGUUCAGUCUGUCUCCUCGGUCGUCUCCAAGUUCCAGAUGAUCGAGAAGUCCGCUUCUCCGGCGUCCGCCUCGCCGGAGCCCUCUCACAAGUUCAAAUUCUCACCUGCACCGAGCCCAGAGCCUUUCCCAGCCAGGGUCAAAGGUUCGGAGGGCUGUGCCAAAGCUGUGCCAGUAGUUUUAGGUUCUCUAGGGUCUAAGAGAGACUCGCGCUCGAACGCUUGUCAAGGGUCGAUGGUCACGAGUUGCGAUACCACUUGCCAGACUUCGUCGCCCGAAAAGCCGGAGGGUUCGGAGUCUGGGCGGGACAUCAGUGCUUUAAUCGAGGAGAAGGCUCUGCAGGAUAGCAGGGAAGUUUGUGAGAAUGAGGAGGUCGAAGGGACCAAAGAGCCCGCGAGGGUCGAAGAGCCGAGGGCUGUCUCGGUGGAGGUCACCUUCGAGGGUGAACCUCUGGGGAAGGCUCAGGGCCCUUCGAACGGGGUGGCUGACAGCCUCGAAGGAAAGGCCGCUGCAGACUCCACGGACUCGAAGGAGACGUCUAGGGUCGAGGAGGCAGAGGUAGAGCUGACGAAAGAAGCGAAAGCCGAGAUCGCUGUGGCCAACGAGAAGCCUAUCGGCGCAAUAUCGAGUUUGGGGCUGAUAAAGACGUCCCCGAUACCGUCUUAUCCGUCUACGAAGGAGUCCAAAAUGAUAAAAAGUCACAAGUCCGGGGGCUCGCCCAUCCCAAAACAGAUUGGGAUCAUUCGGCCGCUGGUGUCGAUGAAGACCCAGGUGCCGCAGCAGAAUCUGAGCAAUCGGGAGCUCGAGAAGAACCUUAUCAAUCGAGUUAAGAAUAUUGAACAGCCGACCAAGGUUGUUGUUAGUCUCAAAACUGCGGAGGAGAUACAGCCGGUUAAUAAAAGUUGUUCUGGUGGGGCUGGGGGUGAGGGUGGUGGAGGUAGUGGUGGACUGUGGGACACUAAACCGUGGAAUCAGCAGAAUAAUACGAUGGUGUUUAACUUCAGCAACAGGAAGGACGUGCCAGAUUACAUCGAGAACGAUGGCCUCAUUAUUAGAAGGAAGAGGGAUAAACCCAAGGUGGGAGAUGGUGGGAUCAUUGUUCUGGACGCAACCUUGGAUGCCUCGACGACGGAUGAAGGCGACUGGGAGAUGUCCAGAGGACCCCCAUCACCCUGCGAUGUCCUCUUCACCAACGACAACGUUCUGAUUAAUGGUCGCAGCAAUCUGAUAAGGACUCCGAGGAAUCACAAGCAUCGGAUACAGUUCGACGAUGACGCGACACGAACAUUUGAGUAUCCCAGUGAGGCGUCUAUGCUGGAGGAUGACGCCAGUGGAGAAACCUCGGCGACGGGACAUGGCGAUGAUCACCAGUCAGCUGUUAGCAACAAAUCCACGUGUUCCUCGUCUACGACGGGGAAUUCCGCCUCGCCGAUUCUCGGUGGAGGUGGUCUGGCAAGCUACACACCAAGUAAAGUGGACCUCACAUCCGAUGGAUUUGAAUUGGGCAUCACCAGAUCUGUCCACCCAACGACGUGCGGAAGUGGUCAGCAGUGGGAGACGAGGGAGAGCACCACCGAUGGAAAAAUCGAGGGUCAGGAGCAUCUGGGGGAGUCGCAUGACGCUGCCUGGGGCGUCGAAGCCACCGCUGAUCUUCUUUAUUGAUGAGGGAAUCCUCUGGUGCUGAAAUUCGGAGAGAUGUGCAUUGCUGAGCAAAUUUACACACCUUUCCCAGGGAAAUAACACCUUCGUGGGAGAGGAACUUUCACGCUUGACUGAGGCUCAAAAUUCUUUCGUUCGUAUUUUUUUAUUGCAGUUGGGAAAAAAUUCAAUAGAAAUUUGGAAUGAAAAUGCGAAUUCCAGUGAAUUUAUCUGGGAAUUCCAUUAAAUUUGUUUCUGUUGGAACUGGUCUUUUGAAUUCUGUGCAAUAUUUGAGGAAAUUUUAUUUAAUUUAUGUUAGAACAUUAUCAGAAUUCUUUAAACUUUUCAUCAAAAUUCAAUUAAAACUUUUGGAAAUAUUGGAUAGAAUUAUUCUUCGGGGAAUUUAUCUUCGAGAAUUCUUGGCGUGAGCUAUCCAAGACUUUUAUUAAAUUUUGUAAUGAGAAACAAAAAAAUAGAAUGGGGAAAAUUGGGAAAUUUAUGCGCAAGAGUUUCUGAAUAAAAAAAUCUCAAGAGAAUAAUGGAAAUAUAAAAAUUAAAAUCUGUUGACCUUAUUCUAUCGAAAAAGCCCCAGGCAAAAGAAUAUUUCCGCAGGAAAUUUGAUUUUUAAGGAAUUCUAUUCAAUAUUUAAGGAAAUUUUACUUAAUUUCUAUUGAAAGAUCAGAAUUCUUUAAACUUUCCAUCAAAAUUCAGUUAAAAUUUUUGUAAAUGUUGGGUAGAAUUAUUCUCUGGGGAUUUUAGCUUCGAGAAUUUUUGGGCAUGAGUUUUCCAAAAUUUUCAUUAAAUUUGUAAUGAAAAACAAAAAAAAUUGGAAAUUUAUGCGC